GAUCAUUUGCGGUUUGCUUGUAUGCUCUAGGUUGGUAUUUUUUUAUGAUUAAUUUGUAUGAAAAAAUUGAUGCUAAACUUUUAUUUUAAAAGAAACUUGUUAUUGUAAAUUUUUUUACCACAAAAACCCACGGGUACCCAUGUACCCGCGGAUACUCGGCGGGUUGGGUUGGGUUUGAGUUUUUCAAACCUAACGGGUUUUACCCCAGUUUUUUUGGCGGAUAAACCCAUGAGUUUGGGUUUGGGUUUGACAAAACCCGCCCCAACCCGACCCAUUGCCAUCCCUAAUCAUUAUCAACGUUUUUUAAUGCAUUAUCCAUUAAACACAUGUUACUUAUUAAUGCGUUUUAGUGCUAUUUGACAUUAAACAUUGCAGCUGAAUAUUAUUAAUAAUUUUUUUAUUACAAAAAUCUAUUUCCUUAUCAGUGACUUGAUCAUUCAAUAUUAAUGGUUUUUAAUAUCUUUGUUAAAAGUUUGGUGUAUUUUAUAAUGUUGAAGUAGGACAUUUUUACAUUGAUGUUUUGUGUUUAUUUUCAAUGAAAUACUUUUCGUUAUCAAUGAUUUAUUGUAUUGUUAUUAAAAGUUUGGUGUUGAGGCGUGAAUGUUGGUUUGCUUGAGCUAAUAUUUUUCUGGACAAUGUUUGUUUGACUGAAUCACACAGGUGCACUAUGUCACAAGUACCCAAGAUGUCGAAAAUCAGUAUUGUGUUUUAUGAUCAUUGAGAAUGAUAAUGUAAAGCAAUAUUAAUUAAUCAUAAAACGUUAAUAAUGUCAUUAGAAAUCAUUGGAAAGGCCAUGACUAGAUAGUUAUAAACAUGAUGUGAAAAUGUUAAUCAUUAGUACAAAAGAUGUUGUAAAUCAAUGAUAUUGUUAUUCAAACUGUUAAUGAUCAUGUUACAUAACUUUAAUGAUCCAUUCAUAGGCGUUGAUGAUGAAACUAUAAAACAGUAACAAUUGAUCCAAAAUUGUUAAUAAUGUAAUUGUAAGGAAUUGAUAAGUAUAUUGAAGUCGUUAAUAAUGAUGAGGUAUAAUAAUAACGAUUCAUUUCAUAAAUGUUGAUAAUGUCAUUGCAAAAUGUUAAUACUGUAUUGCAAGUUGCCACGAAGUGAGAGAGAGUAUAUAUUUUUUAUUUUCAAUUUUCAUUUUAAAAAAUUAAAAAUAUUAAGUUCGAAUUUAUUAAAUAUUAAAUAAUAAUAUUUAAUUAAAUUAAUUUUGAAUUUCCUUUUAAUUGUAGUGGAGAGAAAGGGUUAUGAAGAUCAAGGAGGAGAGAGAAAGAGAUUCAUUAAUGAAUAAUAUUAAUUAUAUUUUCAUAAUAUCUUAUUUAUUCCAACUAACUAUUAACUACUAACCUUUUAUUAACUACCUAAUCUAACACCAGCCAAUAAAAAUGAUUUAAGAAUCUCAUUAAACAAUGAGCCUUAAGUACCGGAUCCAACCCAUGACCGACCGCGGCAACAUUUGUCAUCAGACCCCACGAUCGCACUGUUCAGUGCUCUUUAGUCUUCCUCUUGUCGCCUUUCCGACACCAUUUUCCUCUUCGGAAAAAAGCAGUCGUCUCGUCUCCCUAAGGCUACUUAAAUGAUUGAAAUCGCACUGCCUCUGGAAAUCUAAUAAUUUGAAUUUCUGUUCUGCUGCCAUCGAAUUACUCCUUAGCUCUGCAGUCUGCACCUCCUUUUGAUCCAUGGAUCAGAUCCUCUUCAACCAAUACGGCUCCGCCGGCACGGUAUCCGAGGUGGAGAAGAUACUCGGCUACGUCUUCGACGACAAAGAGCUGCUGGUGGACGCGCUGACGCACUCGUCGUCGAUCCCGAGCCCGAGGAACUAUCAGCGGCUGGAGUUCGUGGGCGACGCCGUGAUUCAGCUCGCCGUCAGCAAUUACCUCUUCCUGCAGAGCCCUCCGCUCGAUCCGCGUAAUCUCUCCCUCCUCCGGGCCGCCAACGUCAGCACCGAGAAGCUUGCCCGCGUGGCGGUUCGCCGUGGGUUCUACAAGUUCGUCCGGCGGAACUCUGCCGCUCUUGACGACCGGGUAAGGGAGUUUGAAUAUGCAGUAAGGCAAGAAGAUGAGAGCGACCCUCUGGUUUACGGUGGCUCAAUGAAAGCUCCCAAGGUUCUUGCUGACAUCGUUGAAUCCAUAGCAGCUGCUGUCUAUGCCGACGUGGGAUUCAAUCUCGAAACGCUCUGGAAGAUAUUCAGAGGUAUUUUGGAACCCAUUGUAACACUUGAACAUUUGGAGCGCCAGCCACAACCGGUCACAAGACUGUUUGACCUCUGCCAAAAGCAGGGGAAGCACGUCGAUAUCAAAUACUGGCGAAGUGGGACGAAGACCGUUGCUAGCAUCUUCGUCGAUGGAAGUUUUGUCGUGUCAGACUCAUCGGAUUAUAAAGAGAUUGCCAAGCUUGAUGCUUGCAGGAAAGCCUUCGACAUCGUGGUAUCGGAGCUGCCAAGUACCGAUUCUAGUACUCUUGCAGCUGGAAGCAGUGGCUAUGAUGGGUCGACGCUUACGAUACAGGACGCGAAACAGAAGCUCAAUGAGAUGUGCGUCAAGCAGAAAUGGCCGAAACCGUGUUACUGCAUUAUGAUAGAAGAAGGUCGUCCGCACGAGAAGAUUUAUGUCUCGGCGGUUGAAGUUACGACUCCGGAUGGAAUGCUGUACAUCCCGGGAGAUGCCAAGAGUAGAGUCAAGGACGCAGAAACUUCUGCGGCUACAUUCAUGCUGCACGUUUUGCAGCACAGUAAGAUUAGCUGAAGAACUUUUGAGACGAAGCAAGGCGGAGUGGGAAGCUAAUCUUAAUGGCGUGGUUGUGGUGCAAAAGUUGCAAGCGGAAAGGCGAAGAUGAAGGACGAGCUAGUAGUGAUAGCUUGUAGUCUAAGGCAUGCAGUGGCCAAGAUCCCGUGUAGGCAGUAGCUGCCACCAUUUUCACCAUGUUUGUCUGUGACACGAAGAUUGCUUUUAAGCUCUGUUACCAGAUACUGGUGUUUGUGUAUUACACAGAUGAUCAAGUAAUGUUAUGAUAGGUCAAGUAAGCUCGAGAUAAGCUAUGCUACAUGAGUGCAAGCCAUAGCUAGUAGAAAGAAUUCCUCGACAGCAAGGUCUGCAAUUUGCAGCCUCCGUCAAGCUAGGAAUUGGAUGGGCAGACAAAACAAGUACUGCUACUGAUAAGAAAGGCAACCAAAUUACAGCUACACAGUCGAUGGAAGCGUUGUUAACGUUACAUUUUACACUUUUUUUUCAUACACUAAGCAGACGACAGCUACGCAGUAGAACAUCAGAUCAGAGUAUAAGAAUAUAAUCUUUUGCUGUGUUUACUUGUUGCCCUCUUCGCUUGGAAAGAGGAAUAUAGAACUCAGAAGCGAAAAAACCAAGCUGUGUAUACACUUACUUCAGGUAACUAACAACACCUCAAACCCAAACACGUUAACCUGAGCAGUUCCCUUGCCCUGUUCAGAGUUUCAGUUCCUCUUCCUAACCCAAGAGCACCAAUGUAAUUUGUUCCCAAUGACAGCGGCUUUUUACGGAGCUUGUAAAUGCAUUUGAAGGAACACCUUACAUGGGGAUCUUUUGCUAACUGGAUGUUCUCAAUAGAACAGCCACUGCAAACCCUAGCACGGAACCUGCCAGAACCUGCAUCAGUACCCCCAUGCACACUAUUCUUUAGCUCGUGAUUUCAUAACGUGAUGUAGCCAUGGAGUGAAUUGCAUUUUCUACAACAAACCAGCAUCGGUCUUUCUUCAUAGUUUAAACAUGGAAAUUGACAAUCAGAGAACAAGGCCGCCUAUGUUAAACCACCAUGGUUUAACAGUUCCUAACACCUUGUAGUUUAAGUUGAUUCUCAUUUUAAACGAUAUGUGAUGUGAAGCCCAAGGAAUGAAACUUGGAGACACUUUUAGAAAGCAUUUAACAUGGACCAAUUCCCUGCUGAUGUGGAACUGAAUAUUAACCCUUGUAUUUUAAUCGAGAACUAUGCCAACAACAAACCUGGAUGGGUGUAUGGCCAAGUGAAUCCCGCAGAGGUCUACAAUUGGAGACGGGAUGUUCAGGAGGUAGCUCACAUACAAUUUGAUUUAAUAACUGCAAGAACAUAUAUUUACCAGCAUGGUCAAAGGAAGUUAGAACAGCAGCUUGGUAAGUAAAUAACAAUACCACUACUCUUUACUCCCCAAUAAAAAUCCAGAAACAGUAAAAAGGACAGCAUAAAACAGCCGAAGAAUGAUGAAUUAACAGCAGAAAAGUAGUCAUCAAACUCCGGCAUACUCAAAAUUUGUCAACUACACUUAACUAUGGUAUACAAGUGUUUCACCUAAUCCUGAAUGCUGUGAACCAACGGAAAAGUAUGGGACAUCCAAAUUAGUGUGAAUCCAGGAGUUCACUUUGAAAUGAUAUGUUUAGGUUAGGUUUAUGCUUAAAAAGGAUAAUUUAGAGUAUACACUCCUUCGAAUGAUGAAGCAUAAUUAAGAAACGAGCCUGAUAUCACAGAAUGCUUUUUUGGCGCAGAGCAAUUUAUUGUGCACGAUGUGGAUCCUUGUAUUUCUAAGGAAAAAUACUAGAGUUCUUGUUUUUGCGAGAAAAAAAAUAAUGAAAAUAAGAGGAUAAG